AUGAUGCCUGAAAAACGUCAACAAGGUGCCAAGUCCACCACCGGCUCGCAGCGGUCACGCUACGACCAGUCCAAUGUUUAUCCAGCUUUAUCUGUCCCAACUUCCGCAGAAUCGCGUCAUUUCAAAGUCUUACGACCACAUGAGAUUUUGCAGCACGAUCGAGUGGCGCUGUCAAAGCCUCAAGAAAUUGCCUACUUCAGCAAAAAUGGAGACAAUAAGGUUUAUUUCAACCGGUCGAAUCUGUCGGUGUACAAGAAAGCAGCGAUCGGGUCCAACCUGCUCGAUGGAUUCCAGGACUUCACCUCAAAAGACGAGAGGGAUCCGACUGUACCAGCUGCUCCGAUAGCUCCGUUGUUAGCGGCCCUUGAACACUUUCAGGGCAACAAUAAAACCUGGAAACAGCCGCACGUUAUCACGUACCGGAACAACCUGAACAAGAUCAUGGGUACGCCAUACAACAGCAAGAGCAGCUGGACUUUCGACGUUGAAAAACGCAACGGGUGCGUGUAUUUCAACGUGCAGAAGACGCCACAGGAUAUCGAGAACAUCCGAAACCAGCAGGAGAAUCAACGGCACGGGGCGUUCGCAGGACGCCGGUUUGAGAUUUACUCGACUCACGCAAAGCCUGGUACGCUGAAUGAUGGCAAACAGCGCGUCGUCAAUGAGGACGAGGAAUAUUGCAGCAUCUCGGCCAUGACGCUAGGCGACAAGCGCUUGGUGGUUGCGGCAGAGAUCGAUUGCUGCAGUGGUAAGAGCAGCUCAACGCGCGAGUACAUUGAGCUCAAAACGUUCCGUCUACUGCAACGGGAGAACGACCAGUUUGUCUUUGAACGCUUCAAGUUGCUGGCCUUCUGGAUCCAAUCGUUUCUAGUUGGCACGCCAAAAAUCGUCGUGGCGUUCCGGGACGACGAGUUCUGUGUCCAAAAGCUACAGAGCUUCCAGGUGACGGAGAUUCCGAGCUUUUGCCGGAAACAUUGGAGUUCCGUCGUGUGCUUGAACUUCACAAAGACGCUACUGGACUGGAUUUGUGAACAUGCGGUCGACGGUCGUGUCUAUCGUGUGACGUACAUCCCAUGGCAGCACGUGAUCGAGAUGAAGGAGGAGAAGAGAUCGUCGAGAACCUCAUUUCUGCCGGCACAAAGUUGA